AGAGGCCAUAGUUAAUCAUUAUUAGUUCUUUAGUGUGUGCAAGUAUCAUAUGCUGGGCUCCUCCUCCAUUCAUUAAAAAAAUAGAGUAUCAGAUGCAUUCAGAAUCUCUUGUUAAGUGUGACAGAGCAAAACUUAGUGUGACAGAUGAGGAAGAAAUUAUUCUCACAUUACAUGUAUUACACAUCAAUGAACAUAUUUACAUUUCUUUAAUUUGUCCUGCACGCAUGAUGUAUUUCAUUAUUUAUGUUUAAUUGUUUUAUCAACCAUACUGCUUUUAUAUCAGGUUUUUUUCUGUUACAGUAUUAAGUGUUGAGAAAUCUGCAGUGGUGGAGGGACAAGUACAAUCAGGCUGGAGAGGUCAAAGGUCAGCUGUUUGUCCAUGAGAACUCAAACCCCGGAGAACACUGAUUAUCAGAGCGCAAUCAGACAGCAAGGAUCCGUCCAAAGUUCACUGCUGUGAAAUGCCAACGGACUGAGAGACACGGCAGAGAUUCGAGACAGUAGAUCUAGACGAGAACAUCUGAGGAUUAUAUGUGGUGUUGACCAAAGACAGACGAAAUAGAAGGUGUGUAACAGGACAGGUUCUUUCAACUGAGACAUCUGCUGGAGCCCACGACGGUGCUGACUCUGAGACGAUGGACAUCCUUGAGACAGAUGCCUAUGACAGGCGGCAGAGAAGAAACAUGUCCUGUGCUCUCCUUUUUUCUCUUUUGCCCUUCUUUUUGGCCACAGGUCUGUACUUCUACCUGUGGACUCCUGACACACCCGCAUCCAUCACGCUGGCAGGUGUCAAAUCAGCACCAACCCUUCUAUUGGCUGCAGUAGUGCUGAGCUGGAAUGGAGGUCAGAGUGUCCUGGGUGUGAUGGGAGGACUGCUCCUCUCUGCAGUUGGUGACUGCUGCCUGGUUUGGCCUGAACUUUUUCUGCAUGGAAUGGGUGCAUUUGCUGUGGCUCAUCUGCUGUACUCACUCACCUUCCUCUCCAGUCGCUACGCAGCACAUUCCUCUUCCUCCUGGACCCGUAUUCUCUAUCCAAUCCUGUUCCUGGCUGGCGGAGGUUUCUACAUUUACAUAUAUCCAUUCGUGCAGAAGACACCAAACUCAGACAUACUGAUUCCAGCUGUGGGUGUCUACGUUGCCUUAAUUUCUCUGAUGGGGGCAUUAGCCAUCAGAACCUGCCAGACAGUGACACUUUUAGGAAGUUUGAGCUUCAUGGUGUCUGACAUGUCACUGGCUAUGCAAAUUUUCAAGGUGACAGCACCAAUGGAGCAUGGUAACACUAUUGUCAUGGUGACAUAUUAUUUGGCACAGCUACUAAUAGCUGUGGGCGAUGUAAAGGCAGUAGAGAACAAGGACGAUUUUGCAAAAUGGAAGAGGUCCUAAACUGCAUCCCUGUGGCAUCCCUAGUGUCUUUAGUAUCUUCAUCACUCUGGUAAAAUCUUAAACUUGCCUAUAUAUACUUCUUGUAGGUCUUGGAGUUUUAAAUAUGAACCCAUCAAAUACAGUAAAAGAGGAAAAUGAAGACAUUUGCCUACUGGUCAGUGCUUGACAGCUACUAUGUGUGUUCAAAAGAUGAAGUAAAAGAGCAGUUUGAAAAGUCAAGAUAUUUUACUAUGCAUUUCUGGUUUGCAUUUGAAUAAUCAUCAAAUAGUCAUAGCAUUUUAAAAAAAGAAACUCCACAAAUAUUAGCUAAGAAUAACAUCUGUAUUCUGUGAUUUGUACCAAAAUAUUGUAAUUUGCAUAACAUACAUAUUUGCGUGAAGAUUGUGCAUGUGGUUAUGGCAUUGUUUUCCAUUUCUUGAGCUGCCCAUUUUAUGUAUAUAAAUACACCUAUUUGUUUUGCUAAUAAUCAAUCAAUCAAUAAAUAAAUAAUUAUGGUGUAAAAAAAAUAAA